AUGUGGAUCCACUGCCUCACUGACUGGCACCAGGCUGGUUCUUACAGCUGGGGAUCAGCUGUGUUGUGCUUUCUAUACCGGCAGCUGUGCGAGGCGUGCCGUCGGUCUUCGGGCUCCCCGUCAGUUAAGGUUAGCCAUACCAGGUUGGACCGCGCGUACCUGGAUUACAUCAAUGAGAUAGACACGCUCACUGCUCAUAGUGUAAAUUGGCAGCCUUACGACGGAGACAAUCCACUUCCUUUUCCCCUUAGCUUCGUGUGUGCGGCGGACGAUGAUAUUUAUAGGAUGGUGUGCCCUCUUAUUUGCUUCUAUGCUGUCGAGUACCACCUGCCACAUCGAGUCGCACGUCAAUUUGGGAUGAGGCAGAUUUGGCCACCACAGGCGACCUCGACUAGUAUAGAGUUACACAACGUGGAUCGAAAGAAGAAAAGGAAGGUCUCCGAGUGGGCCUCGUUCCACCACGCAUACAUUCAGGAAUGGGAGCUGUUCGAGGAGAACGUGGACGAGAACAACGAGCCGCACACAAACAGUGCGUACAGACAAUACCAGAGCUGGUACCAAGGUGCGACGCGGCACAGGCUGAGGGAAGCGUGGACGCAAGAUGACUACGCCGAAAUCCAGUCAUCCGACGAUGAAGACACGGUGUACGAUCAGAGUACUCGUGCUGGAAGGCAGGUGGAGGCAGGACCAAUCCUGGAUAGGAUGGGCCGUACCCUACAAACCUCGGUUAGAGAUAUAGAGCAUAUCCGUCCACGAGUUAGGGACCCCGAGAUACGGAGCGUCCUAGAGUUUAGGGCGAAGUAG